CUGGGCCACCCCAUUUUCCUUUCAUUCACUUUUAACAUUUCCUUUCCUUUCUCCUUGGUUUCUCUGUCUCUAAAAAAAAAAAAAAAAAAAAAAAAUUAAAAAAAAGUAAGUUUGGAUUUUUUUUCUCUUUGCCUUCCGUCUCAAUGGGGGGUUGUUGCUCAAAGGCAGAGGCUGAUCCUGCACAAAAUAAUGAAGAAAUUGCACAAUCAUAUUCAAAACAAGGAGAAUCACAUGCAGGAAACCAUGACAUGCAAGGUUCCACCACACCAUCAAAAGUUCCACCUCAUGCAUCACCAAACCAUUCUUCAAAGCCAUCUAAAGCAGCCCCAAUAGGGCCAGUAUUAGGUAGGCCAAUGGAGGACAUAAAGGCAACAUACACCCUAGGAAAAGAACUAGGAAGAGGCCAAUUUGGUGUAACACAUUUAUGCACACACAAACAAACAGGGGAACAAUUUGCAUGCAAAACAAUUGCCAAGAGGAAAUUAGUGAAUAAAGAGGAUAUUGAGGAUGUAAGGAGGGAAGUGCAAAUUAUGCACCAUUUGACAGAACAACCAAACAUUGUUGAACUUAAAGGGGCUUAUGAAGACAAACAUUCUGUGCAUUUGGUCAUGGAAUUGUGUGCUGGAGGUGAACUUUUUGAUAGGAUUAUAGCUAAAGGGCAUUAUACAGAAAGGGCAGCAGCUUCAUUGUUAAGAACAAUUGUGCAAAUUGUACAUACUUGUCAUUCAAUGGGGGUCAUUCAUAGAGAUCUUAAACCUGAAAAUUUCCUCCUACUUAACAAGGAUGAAGAUGCACCUCUCAAGGCUACUGAUUUUGGUCUUUCUGUCUUCUACAAGCAAGGAGAUGUGUUUAAAGACAUAGUGGGGAGUGCAUAUUACAUAGCACCAGAAGUGUUGAAGAGAAGAUAUGGUCCAGAAGUUGAUAUUUGGAGUGUUGGGGUUAUGUUAUAUAUUCUUCUUUGUGGUGUUCCUCCUUUUUGGGCAGAGUCUGAAAAUGGAAUAUUCAAUGCAAUAUUGCGUGGACAUGUUGAUUUUUCAAGUGACCCAUGGCCUGCAAUUUCUGCGGGUGCUAAGGACCUUGUAAGAAAAAUGUUGAAUUCAGAUCCCAGUCAAAGGUUGACUGCACUCCAAGUCCUAAAUCAUCCAUGGAUCAAGGAGGAUGGAGAAGCACCAGAUACACCACUUGACAAUGCAGUCCUCAAUAAGCUCAAAAACUUUAGAGCUAUGAACAAGUUCAAGAAAGUUGCUCUUCGGGUUAUUGCAGGGUGUCUCUCUGAAGAAGAAAUUAUGGGAUUGAAGCAGAUGUUCAGAGGAAUAGAUACUGAUAAUAGUGGCACAAUUACACUUGAGGAGUUAAAGCAAGGAUUAGCCAAACAAGGGAACAAAUUAUCAGAUUAUGAAAUCAAGCAAUUAAUGGAAUCUGCUGAUGCUGAUGGAAAUGGGACAAUUGAUUAUGAAGAGUUCAUCACAGCAACAAUGCACAUGAAUAGAAUGGACAGAGAAGAACAUCUUUACAAAGCUUUCCAAUACUUUGACAAGGAUAACAGUGGGUAUAUUACAAUGGAAGAGUUAGAGCAAGCUUUGAGAGAAUUUGGUAUGAAUGAUGCAAAGGAUAUAAAAGAAAUCAUUUCUGAAGUUGAUUCUGACAAUGAUGGUCGUAUCAAUUAUGAUGAGUUUGUAGCUAUGAUGAAGAAAGGAAAUCCAGAAGCAGCAACAAAUGCAAAGAAACGAAGGGAGGUUUUCGUCGAAUAAUUGUUGUGGAUAUCAAAAGAAUUUGGCAAAAAAAAGAAGAAAAAAAAAAAAAGAAGAAAAAGUAAAGUUAUUUGUGUCUUUAUUGAGGGGAGGGAGACCAAAUUUCAAGAGAGUUUCAAAGUUAUAGAUGCUCUUGUAUAUUACUAACUAAGAUGUUAAAAAUAUUAAAAGAGAAAAAAAAAUGAAAACUAAAAUAAGAUUGUAGAAUUUGAUGGAUAGGUUGGGAUUUGAGGGUCUUUUUUUGUUAAUGGUUACUUAUAAUGGUUGUUUUUGAGUUGGAAACAAUGGGGUCUUCAAUGUAUCUAUCUAUAUAUAAAUAUAACAUAAUGUAUAAUAUAUAAAUACAUGUGUAUA